AUGGAGUAUUUAAACUUGUAUGAAGAUUUUUUAUUAAAAAAUGCUUCACAAAUAACUAGCAUAGAAACAUCCCUUAGAUCCCUUACAUAUAUUUUACCUGGUCGAUUUCAUGAUGCUGAAUUAGCUUCUCAAGCUUUAUAUGCCACUUUAAAUUUGAUAGGUCUCUAUCAUAAUUCUAUCUUGAGAAGGGCAGUGCAAGAGAAUACAAACAUGGAAGAGUCUGCUUUUAAUAAGUAUAUUCGAUUUUGGUCUUCACGAUCCAAGUUAAAUUCAACUGCUUCAGUUUUACUGUCCAUCAUGACUUAUACUCAAGUAUUAAUGGAAAUGGCUGUUCUAAAAAAAUUAGAUAAAAAAAGACAAUGGCAACUCAUUGUCUUGAUCGAAAGUUUAAAAGUCCUGUUGAGAUUGGUUGUUUUUCAAACAACAGGUCAAAGAAUGACACUUUAUCCUAAUCACUUGCAAAGAGAUGUCGAUCCUUCCACUUUAGUUACUCAAGACGACAACAACAAAGAUGAAUGGAUUGGAAAGAGAACUGGCAUCAAAAUACCUUCCCUUAAAUCAGAAAUGGAUGUAACAGAAUAUUUAUUGUCUAAAGUAUUGACACCUGAAAAACUUUGUAAACCAGAACAAAUGGUGCAAGUUCAAAAGAAUAUAUCCAAACUAGGCGAAUUACUUUAUAUCAUUAGACCUUUAAUUUAUGUUAUUUCAAUUUUACGCUGGGGCAAAAAAUCAUGGAAACCUUGGGUUUUAUCUAUUUUAAUUGAACUUGUAUCAUUAUUAAGUUUAAAGAAAGGUUAUAAAGUAAAUAAGGGAAGUUAUAACAAUAACAUGAUGCCUUUAGAAAAGCAAGAAUAUCACAGAAGGUUAAAAUUAAUCUUAUUAAAUCUGAUGCGAGGUGCCUUUUAUGUUAAAAUGACUCGACCUCGACUUGAAAGAUUUUGUAAUAAAGCUGAAUCGAAGCCUAUUUUAUCAAUCAUUGCAGGUAAAAAAAAAAUAAAAAUAAAAUAA